AUGGAAAUUUAUGCUGGUAAACAACCAGAUGGGCCAUUUCAAGUUGAAAAUGGUGCAAGCAAAGAUGUCAAACGUUUAAUAAGGCCCUUAUACAAGUCUGGUCGAAAUUUAACAGUUUAUAAUUGGUAUAUGGGAUAUGAAUUAUCUCAAGAUCUCCUAAAGAAGAAAAUUACGAUAGUAGGUACAAUGCGUAAAAAUAAGAGAGAAAUGCCACCCGAGUUUCUGGCAAAGAAAAUAGAGGUAUAUUCUUCAAUUUUCGGUUUUCAGAAAGAAGCAACACUUGUAUCUUAUGUGCCUAAAAAAAAAAAAAAUAAGAGUGUGAUUCUGUUAUCCACAAUGCAUUCCGGCGAUCAAAUCGACGAAUCUACUGGGGAAUCUAAAACGCCUGAAAUCAUUACAUUCUAUAACAUGACAAAAGGAGCAGUCGAUGUUGUAGAUGAGAUGGCAGCUGCGUAUUCUACAGCAAGAGUAGCACGUCGAUGGCCUAUG